UCGCCGGCGUCCGCUUACGGCCUCUAAACCCAGCGCCGCGCAGUCGCCGCGGGCAACUGCCAAGCCCUCGUCCAUGGCGGCCUCCCUGCGGGGCCUCGCGCUCUCGCCGCCGCCUCUGGUGGCUCCCCCCACGUGCGCGCCGUCUCGCCGCCUCGUCCCGUCGCCGCGGAGCCGCAGCGGCUACGGGGUCCGUGUGGCAGCGGCGGCCGACGGUGCCCCGCGGCCAUCGGAUCCCGUGGAGGUGGUCGGCGUCGGGAGCCGGAAGGACGCCGUCAUCGACUUCUGCCUGGGCUCCCGCACCCUCUCCUCCACCCCUAUCCGCUUCUGGACCAUGCAUGUGGUGGAUAAUUGUACUGUACAGUUAAUACAAAAAAGCCAUGGAGAAGAUGUUGUAGUCAGAGACUUGGAAACUCCGUUAUCUCUUCAGCCCUGCCCACCAGCGGUUAUUCUUGUUGCAAGUGCAGGACAGGAUGCUGACCAUAUUACUGCGAUGGAGCUCCUUAGUGAAGUGAAAUCUGCUGGUAAGCUGGCUGCAUCAAUAUUUUUGAAGCCCUUUUGUUUUGAGGGACAGAGACGACAAUUAGAGGCAACUGAUUUAAUUGACAAACUUCAAAUGUGCUCAAACUUUCACAUUGUUAUUGAAGCUGAUUCACUGCUUGAGACAGAAGUGGAAACCCUUGCUGAAGCUCUGGAAAGUGCCAACAACGCUGUUCUGUCAACUAUUAGCAUGAUAUCUAUCAUGAUGUCUGGGUUAAAUCAGACGUUCCGGAGUUCGAUUAAUGCUCAAAUUAUGGAAGUCCAUCCUGAUGAACUAGGACAACUACUCAGAAGUUAUGGAGAAGCCAGAAUUGGAUUUGGUGCUGGUUAUAACAUCCAGUCUGCAAUUAAACAAGCCGUCUUCCACUGUCCGUUUCUUCGUGGUGGAAUCAAGGAUCUGAACAAUGUGGUUUUCCUCUCCAUUACGAGUUCUCGAAUAUUUUCUGAAAGUGAUAUGGUCUCCACUUUGCACAUUUUCCGUCGAGUUACAGGGUUCACUGAAGAUAUUAUAUUUUCCAGAAAUUGUGAACCUGAUUUAGAGCCAAAACUGAUAGUAGUUUCUCUCUUAACUGUGAGAAACAGUACUGAUGAGAACGUGGCAUCUGUCAAGGAGGGGUUUCUUUCAGGUUUGGCCUUGCAUUUUCCUUUUAUAUCCUCUCUUAUGGGAGGAGAUAUCCCUGAACAGAAACAAGCUACGUUGAAGCAUUCAUACAGUAAACUGCCUAGCAAUGGAUUGAGUUUGGCAGAGCAGGAAUUCUCACGACUUUCCAGUGCUUUUACCAAUGUUGUUGUUAAUAAUUUAUUUCCUGAGGAAACAGACAUCAUGAAAUCUGAAAGGGAAUCUAAAGAGAAAACACAGACACAAUCUCAAGAGGCUAAGAUUGAACCUGAUGGGGAAAUUAGCAAAGAUAGGGAAAGAGAGCAUUUAGAUUCAGAGCAGGAGCAUAAGUUCUGGAGCAAUUCCCCUGGUAUUGGCAUUGCUCAAUUAUGGGCUAAAGUGCGUAUGGCAUCAGAUGGAGGAACACAGAACAAUGACAUCAAUAUUAUCACUCUUCCAGUUGGUGUGAAAUCUCCUGAAGUUCAGUGUGGUGCAGAUACACGACCUGAAGCUCAUAGUGGUUCCAGCAGCACAUCUGCAGCUUCUGGACAUGCUGCUUUUGGAGUAUCAUUUUCUGACAUUGGCUUGGAGAAAGUAACAGAGAUGUACAGCUCUGCAAUGACAUUUUUAAAGGGGGGAAUGGAUAGAUCUCGAAAGCGCGGAUCAGUUGCUAAUCGUGCUGCGCUAAUGCUGGAUGCAGAAAGAGAGCUGGAGAAAACAUGGAGCCCCAUAGUUGAGAUACAGUUUGGAGGAGGAAUUUACAGAGGGAGGUGUCAAGAAGGUGUCCCUGAAGGAAAGGGUCGCAUAACCUUCAGCGACGGUAGCUUUUACGAUGGACUCUGGAGGUAUGGCAAGAGAUCAGGUCUAGGGACACUCUAUUACAGUAAUGGUGAUGUAUUCCAUGGAACAUGGAGGGAUGACCUUUUUCAUGGAAAGGGCUGGUAUUAUUUUCACAGUGGUGACCGCUGGUUUGCAAACUUUUGGAAGGGGAGGGCUAAUGGUGAGGGUAGAUUUUAUGCCAAAGAUGGGAGUGUCUUCUUUGGCAAUUUUCAAAAUGGAUGGCGCCAUGGGGAGGCCCUGUUGAUAGAUGCAAAUGGAUCGAGGUGGAUUGAAGUUUGGGAUGAUGGUGUACUUAUUGGUCAAACUAGGUUGGAAAAAUAGGGCUCCAAACUAUUUCCCAUACUUUAUUGGUAAAGUUGUACACUUGUACUACACAUAAGUUGGAGUACUGCAUUGUAGCAAGUGCCACGACCACAAUACGUUCCGCAACUCCGAUUGUACAUAGAUGCCUGUUGGAAGCACUGUUGUAGAGUUGAAGCUAGUUUCUGAAAGCUGCGUUAGUCAUUGAUGAAAUUUUUGACGCAAAGUCAUUGGUGAAUUGUGUAUAUAAUCCCAAGAAGAAUGGGAUGAAGCUUUCUUCUUCAUACCGUGGAUGUGGAAAUCAGGGAAAAGUCACACAACUGCAUCAAGCAUAUGCUACAUGAAGUAGGUUUGAUUGAUUUCAUUUAUGGCCGCUAGAUAUUCUUUGAUUGGACUCAAUGCAUGGAUGAACAAGCUCUCGUGGCUUUGCCCCCUCAAUUCCAGCUGAGUAUGUGAUUUUCCACAUAUGGGGUCCCACAGCACCCUUCCCUUCUCUGUUUCCUGUCACCGUCAGUAUCACCCACACAUUCUGUUCUAGUGAUGAUUAUGCAUUUUAAGUUUGUUUACUUUCACAUGAUUCAAUCAAUAGAUUCACACUAAUUCGAAGUUUGAA